AUGGACCCGAUCGACUCACCACACAACCGUCACCAGCCUGGCGCAGACCCCCAGCCAGAGCACCUCCCCGCACAACCCCACGAGCACCCAGACUCUUCAGACGUCCCCGAUCCGUCCCAGCCGUCGUCGGACGAGCCCCCUCCAGCGCACAGUCGUGAAGCAUCAGGAGAAGCCCUCAGGUCAGGCAUGCAGUCUCCCAACCUCCCGGAGCUCCCCAAGCACGAGCUCGAUUUCUCCUUUGAUUCAAUAAUCAACAGCAAGAGUGACUUCGCAUCCGACCCCGAGUUUGCCCGGGUGCAGAAACGCGCCUCCAACGUCCUCAAACUCUCCGAGGAAAACGAGAAACUCAACGCCGAGCUCAAGGCUAUGACCGAAAGGCUGGAGGCGGCCGAGAAGAAGCGCAAGGAGCUCGAGGAGAGAAGGAAGAACGGCGGCAGCAGCGGCAACACAUCUUCUUGA